AGCAACCCCAGCAUGACCCCACUACCCGGAAGGAUCUCAUUCCACGAGGCCUGCACACAGUACUGCUCUCUCCCGUCUACUUCCCAUACUGGAUCUGUGCACAGCCUGGAGGACACCUAUCAGCAGCCCACACUGACUGCCCCCUGCUGGCCACAGGAAGCUGCCCCUUCCCAUCACUCUUCUGGGAUUACAGAUCGUCUGUCACAGAACUGUCAGUGUUGUCACACUGAUCGCAGUGUCUGUCCUCCAGGCUGUGCCAUUCUUUUCUCCUGAGAGGGAUUACACCAGACACAUGUGACUUGCCUUCUUCUCCUAGCCAGUGCCAUGCACUGUGGGGACUGUGGCCCCCUGCUCUGAUCUGUGUCCUCUCCUCUGGGUCCCUCAGGUGUCAUAGUUUAGGCUGAAGACAUGGAUGGCUUUGAAGGAGAAGCUUCCACCGCCUCCAUGGUGUCAGGGGCCAGCAGUCCUUACCAGCCCACCACGGAGCCCGUCAGGAUGAACCAGGGCUGGCGGGGUCUCCAGUGUGACAUGGAAUACAUCCGCUCUCUCUGUGGGGUCCUGAAAUGCAGCCAAGUGCUCCUGGCUCUGCUGGCAUUUAUCUGCAUUGAGACGAUAAUGGAAUGCUCGCCAUGUGAAGGAUUGUAUUUCUUCGAAUUUGUCAGCUGCAGCGCGUUUGUGGUGACCGGCGUUUUGCUGCUCAUGUUCAGCCUGUCUCUCCAUGAGCGGGUCCCUCACAUCAACUGGAUUCUGACGGAUCUGGUAAACACCGGACUCAGCGCUCUCUUUUUCUUCAUCGCCUCUGUAAUUUUGGCCUCGCUGAACCACAAGUCUGGGGCGGAAAUCUCUGCAGCGGUCUUUGGCUUUUUGGCCACCCUCUCCUACUCUGUCAACACCUACCUGGCGGUGCGAAAAUGGAGAUCCGGCAACCGGUCCCAGAACGUGCGUCAGUCCAGCGACUACAUGAGGGCACGCAGCGAGUCCCGCGACGUAGACUGCCGCCCUGAGAUUCAGCGUCUGGAUGCCUGAGCGGCCAAGGCCAGUGGAAAUCUUUUUUUUAACGAUGAAUACCAAGUGACUUCUCACCAAAGGCCUGGGAUUGGCCCAGUUUUGUAAGAAGGCAGCAGGCAUGGGAAAAAGUUUUCCCAACUUUGACACGUGUUCAUAUUCCUGGACUAGGUCUUACAUUCCUGAUGUUUGUAAGGGAAGGUAGGUGACCACCUUUGUGGCAGAGCCGCGGAGUUCCUGGGUAUGUCGUCGAUAUACCUUGUCUGCUAAACAGGAUUGAUGAAGGGACGGUCGUAUUGGUUUAAUAUAGGGCGGCACGGCACAUUCAUCCAACCAGAGAAGGAGGAAAAUGAAGUUAUUUUUAAUUUCUAUAAAAUUAAUCCACUUUUUUUUUUUUAAAUUGUCGCCUAGGACGUUUUAAUCAUGCAUUAUUUAAUGACGACAUUUUACUGAUUUUCAUGUAAGCAUUAUUAAUUUAACAGUCGUUAGUUUUUAAAGAAUCAGUUAUUUUUUCUCGUACCAUUUGGAUAAUAGUUUUGCUGAAAUGAACGGCUCGUCGGGCUCCUAAGUCUAAAGUGGCUAAUCGUGAUUGGAAAUCUUUGGACCGGUUCAAGAUGUUCUCCAAGCAGAUGAAAAAACGUUCAAUUUAUUCUGUAUAAAUAUUUGCUGAAGAUAUUUUAAACUGCUACAUGUAA